AGUUCUUCGUGAAGAUGCGACUUGGUUUGGUACUUGCUUGCUGUAUAACUCUUGCACUAUCGUCGUCUUUCGGACUGCCACUGGAGAAAACGAACGACGAUGAAGUGAAGGUGACCAAACUGAUCAAUCGGAACAACGGGGAUCGAUACUUGCUGCUGUACCUGCUCAGUGAUGAUCAAUUUCGGUACGAGCGUGGAUACUUCAAGAAGAAGUCGGAUAGUGACGAGAUGGUUUGGACUGUUAUUGGACGGUAUCGGUACAGGUCGCCCGAAGGCGAGUUUUACAGUUACAAGUACUCGGCCGGCGAGGAUGGAUUCAAGCAACAGGUUGUGAAUAGCAGCGAUGAUCCGUUGGAUGUGGUGAAUCGGAUUGACCCGAAGGCGUUGGCGUCGUUGGUUGGAUGAUUAAGUUUAGGAAUUGUGAGGUAUUGUGGAUGAAAAAUAAACUUCUUUCAAUUCAAAGAGUUUUAAAUUAAUGCGUAUGAAAUUAAAAAAAAAGAAUUAUUGGUUGAUUUGUGUGAUGACUUGUUUAUAAUCGGCUAGAUGUGAUUAAUAACAA